AUGUACGAAGCUGGCAGCGAGCAGAUUAACUGCAACGGAGCAGUCAUUCAGCUACCCUCGCUGGAGGUGGUUAAAACAGCACCCAAAAUGCCGACAGAUGCAAACAUUGACUGGCUGCUUCACAUUUAUUUUACACGUCGCCAAUUCGAACGCUGUCGCCGUCUCAUCGAACGUGAACUGAAUCGUCAUUUGAAUGCCGAGUAUCUGUACUUUGUCCAGGGUUUAAUUGAGCGCGAAGAUGGCAAUAAUAUUGAGGCGCUGCGAAACCUCCAAAAAGCUGCCGAGCUCAACUCGCGCAACAUCGAAACAUUCAAGGAAAUCGGACGCACUCUCUACAACAUGGGUCGCUUUGACCAGGCACUGGAUGUGUUCCGCGAUGCCGAGCAGCAGAGUCCGCGCAAGGAUCACGAGAUCUAUCACUAUUUGGGUGAGCUGCUUUAUCGCGCUGCAGCCAGCCAGCCAAAGCUUGAGUUGGCCACCGCGCAGCAGACGGAGGCCAGGGGCUACUUCGAGCUGGCCGUGCAGACGGGCAAGAAACUGGAGAGCUAUGUGAGGCUGGCCGAGCUGUAUCGCAAGGAGAAGGAAUACCAGAAGGCCAUCGAUGUCCUGGAGGCAUGCUUGCACCUGACGCCCGAGAAUGCUGAGGUGCUCACAGAAAUCAGUGUUUUGUAUCUGAAGAUUAAUGAGACCCAAAAGGCCUACGAUCGCCUGGCGGAAGUGGUCAACAUCGAACGCAACUGUGCCCCCAAAGGUCUGCUGGCCCUGGGCGCCAUUCUGCAGUCGCGCAACGAUGUCGAUAGCGCCCUGAGCAAGUACAGCCAAAUCGCAGAUGCCGAGCCGGAAAUUGCUGAGCUCUGGAAUAAUAUUGGCCUCUGCUUUUUCAAGAAGCAAAAGUUCAUUGUGGCGGUUUCAUCACUGCGCAAAUCCGUUUGGCUAUCGCCCCUCAACUAUAACGCUCUCUACAAUUUAAGUCUGAUAUAUAUUGCCUCGGAACAAUAUGCGAGCGCCUUUCACACGCUGGCCGCAGCCAUAAACCUGCGCAAGGACAAUGCCGAGUGCUACAUGCUGCUGGGCUUGUGUUUGCGCAAGUUGGACGAUUUGGAGAAUGCUUUUGUGGCCCUUGAGCGAGCCUGCCGGCUGGCCAAUGGGCAGCAAGGUGGCAUGCGACAUCCCCUCGUAUUCCUCAACUUUGCCCUUUUCUGCUAUGAGACAGGACGACUGGCACUGGCAACGGAACACUACAAUCGAUUCAUGAGCCAUGCCCAGGACCUGCUGCUGCCCACCGAAUUUAAAUUCCAGGCAACCAAAUUGAAAUCGCUACUACGCAUGUCAACACACAGCCAUGGCAUACUGGGAGAUGGGGCGGAUGCUGCUCGAGAUGGCGCUGUAACUGGAGUGGAACAGGGGCAGCAGCUGGAGCUGGAGCCGGCGGCCUUGCAGGAGGAGAUGCCGCUGGAGGUGAAUGCCGUUGUCAGCGAGAACUGAGUAUUCCACAGGACGGGAGGAAGGGGAACAAUAAAAACAAGAACAACAUCUGCUUAACUCACAUCGAACAUUUAUUUGAACUUGCUCAAAGUCAAUUAAAAAUCAGUUUACUCGAAUAGCAUUAAACAAUA